CAAACGGGGUCAAAUAACAUCCCCAGCCUGGCGGCCAAUGACAGACAAAAGAAUUUCCUUAUCUUGCUGCGAACCAGCCCCUUCUCAUUUAUACACUCGUUUACUCAGAAAACCAGUAUUCUGUCAGCGCUUGCCCUUUUCAACGAUGGCGGCGGAAGCGUCUGACGUCUCGCGGGAAUUCUCUUUUUGCCCGCACUUGCAAUGGCCGCUUUCCAAGGAGAGCAGCUUGUGACUGGCACUUGUGUUCUGUCAGAGAGAGGGAAGCCUUGAUGAAGCCGGCGCCUCAGGGAUAAUUGGGACAAGGUGGGUGACUCCGGGCUCCAUCAUUAAAUCUCCUCGUGAGGAAAUGUCUGUCGCCAGCGGCUCGCCCCACGUUUAUCCAUCACCGAGAAUAGAACAGCCGCACUGACCCGCAAGAACCCCGAGUUUUAUUCCUCCCCCUCCAGGGUCAGCGCUGUGACUGAGGCAUCAUGGGAAAUGUUGUGGCUAUGGCCGCCUCUCCGGCGUAUUGGAUGGCGCACAAAAAAAGGGCCGCCCUGCCCAGUCCAGGGAGCUUUGAUGAGCUGCACAGGAGCUGCAAAGAGGUGUUCCCACAGCAAAUGGAAGGUGUGAAGCUAAUUAUCAACAAGCCCCUUAGUAGUCACUUACAGGUCAGCCACUCGAUUCACAUGAGCACAUUGGGCCAGUCCAGCUACCACUUCAAUGCAAAGUAUGUGGGAGACAACCAGCCCAGCCCUACAGAGACUUUCCCCAUGUUGACCGGAGAUGUGGAUAACGCUGGAAGCCUGAACGCUCAGAUGGUGUGUCUGCUGGCUGAUCGGAUCCGAUCCAAAGCCGUGUUCCAGACCCAUCGCUCUAAAUUCCUCACCUGGCAGAUUGAUGGGGAAUACAGAGGGGACGAUUGCACAGUGACCCUGACGUUGGGGAACCCUGAUAUCCUCAAUGAAUCCGCCAUCCUGGUGACCCAUUUCCUACAGAGCAUCACCCCCAGGCUGGUCCUGGGAGGAGAACUGGUUUAUCAUCAACGAAUGGGAGAGGAGGGAGCCAUCUUUACUAUGGCAGGGAAAUAUAGCGCUCCCAACUGGGUGGCAACGUUAAAUAUUGGCUACGGGGGCGCUCACGCCAGCUACUAUCACAAAGCCAAUGAGCAGAUCCAAAUUGGGGUGGAGUUUGAAGCCAACACGAGGCUCCAGGAGACAUCCUUUGCGUUUGGCUACCACCUGGACAUUCCCAAAGCCAACGUUGUUUUUAAAGGCUCAGUGGACAGUUGUUGGUGCGUAGGGGGCAUCCUGGAGAAAAAACUGCCCCCGCUGCCUGUUACCCUGGCACUCGGGGCAUUUAUGAACCACUGGAAGAACAAGUUUCAUUGUGGCUUUAAUAUCAUGGUGGGAUGAUACCGACUCCCCGCUCUUAGUGCGGAAAUAACUGGUCUCCCUGUACUGGUGACCCAGUGUCCUAAAUAUACAUUCACAGACUGCACCCCCCCACGCCCCUCAAGAGGAGACGAGGCAGAAUUUGUCCCAUGGCCACUUGACCUUGGAACCUGUUGGUAUUGCAAAAAGGCAGCUCCCAAAUGGCCUAUGGACUGUAGCUUCCUUCCUAGUAAUGGUGGCAGAAAGUUUGAGUCAGAACCAGCACCUGUGUCUUUAUCGAUAGGAGCCAGGGCCUUGAUUUUUACCCAGAUAUUAAUUUAUAUUAUUUAUACUCCCUGAAAACUGUACAGUAUAAGGUUAUGUUCAGCGUGUGCCCAGAACAUUCCUUCUCAGUAUCUUUGUAUUUAUACCUAUAGGUUGAAACUGUCAUAAUGUCUGUGUGCCCAGAACAUUCCUUCUUUAUAUGUUUGAAUAUAUAUCUAUAGACUGAAGCUGCCAUAUUAUUGCCCUUAGACACUACAGUAUAAGGCUUCCGGCACCAAAUAUUGAUUUUUAUAAUUUAUACCCCCUUAAAGAACUGUACAGUAUGAGGUUAUGUUCAUUGUGUGCCCAGAACAUUCCUUCUCAGUAUCUUUGUAUUUAUACCUAUAGGUUGAAACUGUCGUAAUGUCUCAGUAUGCCCAGAACAUUCCUUUUCUGUAUAUUUGAAUGUAUACCCAUGAACUGAAGUUGCCAUAUUAUUACCCUUCACACUACAGUAGAAGGUUCAGGCUAUUGUGUGCCCAGGACAUUCUUUCUCUGGAUGUCUGAAUUUAUAACUAUGGACUGAAGCUGCCAUAUUAUUACCCUUAGAUACUACAGUAUAAGGCUUUAGGCACCAAAUAUUGAUUUAUAUCAUUUAUACUCCCAUAAAACUGUACAGUAUGAGGUUAUGUUCAGUGUGUGUGCCCAGAACAUUCCUUCUCAGCAUCUUUGUAUUUAUACCUAUAGGUUGAAACUGUCAUAAUCUCUGUGUGCCCAGGACAUUCCUUGUCUGUAUGUUUGAAUCUAUAUACUUUCAAGGCCCUUAAUAAUGAAGCCCCUCCCUAUAUUUCA